GAUUAGAAAGCAUGGCAUGUUUGCCGUAUAUAUCUUCUCUCUACCUCCUAUUCUCCCCCUCUCAGCCCUCUUCGACCUUUGAUUACUAGACAAAAAGAAGACCGUUUCAGCUGCAUACUUGCACUGAUCCAUCUCUCACCUCUCAUCUCUGCUCUGUCCUCUGUCCUCUCUCUGUGUGACUUGAUUUGUCUGUGAGUGUUUAUGUGUGUGCGUCCAUGAUACCAGCUCACCGCCCUUCAGUGUCACCCUCUCUCAUGCCUCUUGAUCUUAAUCAAGAUGAUCAAAACCAUGAUGAGCUUUUCAGCCCAAACCAUCUUGUAGCCUCUUCUUCAUUUUCUUCUAUUUCAUAUCCUAUCCUCUUCAACCCACCUGAUCAAGAUCAAGAAGGAUCAUACUGCUGGGAACCCAAGCACUCACCAAAUGAGGAAGAGGACGAGAAGAUUAUUAUUCCUUCUAGCGGAUCAUGGGAUAAUUCAGCUGCAGAGAAGCAUGGCAGCAGCAGCAAACAUAAGCUGAGAGUUUGGAAAAGAGAAGAAAGGGAUGGUGAAAAUCUUGAAGAAGCUCAUGAGGAUGGUUCUUUAUCAGUGAAGUGGAUGUCUUCAAAGAUGAGAAUUAUGAGGAAGAUGAUUGUUCCUGAUCAAAGGGGAACUUCUUAUGCUGUAGCUGAAAACACUAUGCAGAGAUUUGAAGAUCAAAAGCUACCAUUGUCACCUGUUGGAACUGACAAUAGCAGCAACAAUUAUUCAAACCAAAGUUUUAACACUGUUAGGGUUUGUGCUGAUUGCAACACCACUAAGACACCUCUCUGGAGAAGUGGACCAAGAGGCCCCAAGUCUCUUUGCAACGCAUGUGGGAUCAGACAAAGGAAGGCAAGACGUGCCAUGGCGGCGGCUGCUGCAGCUGCAUCGGGAGACGGUACGAUUCUCGUGACAGCUGAGUCAUCUGUGAAGAACAGAAACAAGUUGGUGAAGAAGAAAGACAAGACCAAAGUUGAGUCUGCACCACCGGUAGCCCAGAUAAAAAAGAAGCACAGAGCUAAUAAGCCAUCUCAAAGUAAAAAGAAGUUCGGUUUUGAGGAUUUGACAUUAAGCUUGAGCAAGAACUUGGCUUCUCUCCAACAAGUUUUCCCUCAGGAUGAGAAGGAGGCAGCGAUAUUGCUCAUGGCUUUGUCUUAUGGCUUAGUUCAUGGAUGAGGUUUCUAGAUAAUUAGAUUUUUUAUAUGUAUUGCUAUCUUAGGAGUGGUUUGAUUAUUAGAUCAUAAUUGUGUGAGAUCCAUGUUUGAAUUGUAAGAGAAGAGUAUGCACUGGAGUUAGUUAUAAUAUAUAAUAGGGGAAGGGUGGAAGAAAAAAAGGCAAUAAUUGUUGUAGUGAGUGAUCUAAUUAAUAAUGAACUUAAUUAUAUAGAGGUUUGAUUUGAACAAGUAGAGAAUCAAGAAGUUUGAGUCACUUGUUCAUGGAUUUCUUAUUGUCUCCACAAGUAAAAUAAAAUCUUCAAGUUAUUUAUGUUGAA